CGCCCGAGCCGCCUGGUGAUUGGGCAGAUAGGUGCGCGCCGUGGUGACGUUUCAACGCAGCAGAGGCGACCGGCAGACGCUUCGCGAGGCGGUCGGCUUGGAAGAGGCAGGAUGAGCAAAGCGCACCCGCCGGAGCUGAAGAAGUUUAUGGACAAGAAGCUAUCAUUAAAACUAAACGGAGGUCGGCAUGUUCAAGGGAUAUUAAGAGGUUUUGAUCCAUUCAUGAAUUUGGUGAUAGAUGAGUGUGUGGAAAUGGCACCUGGUGGACAACAGAACAACAUAGGGAUGGUGGUAAUACGAGGAAACAGCAUUAUUAUGCUGGAAGCCCUGGAACGAGUAUAAAAAAUGAAGGACUGGCUGUUACUGCAGUGUGGGCAAUUUUUAUUGUUAGUUCUACAGGAACAUUCCAUGUUUACAUUUUUUAAUAAAUUCUGAAAAGUUGGUAUGACUUGUUUCACAACUUUGAAAAAUUGGGGAAUGUAUGAAAUUGGAAAAAAAUAAAAUCCAGGUACAGGAAUGGAGAUAGGAUAAUAUUAGUGUUCCACAUAUUUCGCUUAAUAAAC